AUGCCACGCGGACGUUUCGAUCAAGCUUCAUCACACGUUCAAUGGAUGGUCAUUCGUAACAGCUCAUCCUUUUUACAAAAACGAAAAUUGGGCACAUUGACAACUGAACCAAACAACUUGAAAAAUCGUAAUAACUUCCGUUUCAAUGGUCUCAUUCAUCCAAAAGUAGUUGGUGUUGAAGCUGUUAAAGAUGGCAAAGGUGUUGUUUUUUCAACUGGAAGCACCAAAAGCGUACAAAAACCAGCCAAGCGUUUACGUAAAGUUAAACUCGCCAAGGAUUCACGUCGUACAUUGACAAGCAUCCGACGAACCAUUCGUAAACAACGCUAUCGUAAAGACCUCAAGAUGGCUGCUCUUCGUCGUGCAUCAGCAUUACUUCGUGGUCAACGAUCAGCUUUAACAACUGCUACACCAGCCGCCACAACAGGCAAAAAGAGCUCUGGUAAAAGUGCAGCAGCCACCAGUGCAACAACAAGCGCAUAG